AUGGAUCAAAUUGAUACAAUGAAGACUACAUGCAUUGAGGCGACAAGCAUGGAGGAUGACGACAGUGCUAGACAAUGUUCUCAGAUUGAAGCCGACAUGAUGAUGGCGUCAUGGAUUGAGUCUGAAACAAAGGUGACUUUGCAUCUGAGGUCAGACGAAAGCAGAGCCACGGGUUCUGGCCUAAAGCACAAGGAUGGCACUGGCAGUGGAGGCCAUAUUGAUGAGGGCAACACCAUGAAUUUGAAAAACAGAUGA